UGGAGGGGGAGCGCUGGGCUGCGCUGGAGCGGCGCGUGGUUAGUCCUGUGCGGCUGCGGGGAGGAAGCGGUCCUUGCUGUGCCAGAUCUGGAAAUAUUCUGUAAUCAAGACCACAAUGUCCGCCAACGAGAAUGCCCAUGGAACAGCGGCUGCCCGUUUGAGCCGAUUCAAGAAUAAGGGAAAGGACUCCACUGAAAUGAGGCGGCGGAGGAUGGAAGUCAAUGUGGAGCUGAGGAAAGCCAAAAAAGACGACCAGCUGCUUAAAAGAAGGAAUGUUAGCACUUUCCACGAUGAAGCCACUUCACCUCUGCAGGAAAACCGGAGCAAUCAGGUCACUGCCCACUGGUCUGUUGAAGAGAUUGUCAAAGGCAUUUACGGUAAUAAUACCGAAAUUCAGCUGCAGGCUACACAAGCUGCCAGGAAAUUGCUGUCCAGAGAGAAGCAGCCUCCUAUUGACCAGAUAAUCCAAGCUGGCUUGAUUCCGAAGCUUGUGUCUUUUUUGGGGAGAGUGGAUUGCAGCCCUAUUCAGUUUGAAUCUGCGUGGGCUCUGACCAACAUUGCCUCUGGCACAUCUGAUCAGACCAAAGCUGUUGUAGAUGGUGGAGCAAUACCUGCCUUUGUUUCCCUGCUGGCUUCUUCCCAUACUCAUAUCCGUGAACAAGCAGUGUGGGCUCUGGGAAAUAUUGCAGGUGACGGUUCUGCCUACCGAGACUUGGUUAUUAAAUACGGUGCGCUGGACCCACUGCUGGCUCUGCUUGCUGUACCCGAUCUCUCUUCUAUAGCGCUUGGCUACUUGCGCAACGUGACCUGGACCAUAUCAAACCUCUGUCGUAACAAGAACCCGGCACCACCGCUCGACGCUGUUGAGCAGAUCCUUCCGACGUUGGUUCGCCUGCUGCAUCACCAUGACCCGGAAGUCCUGGCAGACACGUGCUGGGCUGUUUCUUACUUGACCGAUGGUUCCAAUGACAGGAUUGAAAUGGUGGUGAAAACAGGGCUGGUCCCACAGCUGGUGAAACUCCUGGGAGGUGGAGAGAUUCCAAUAAUGACGCCUUCUUUAAGGGCAAUCGGGAACAUUGUAACUGGCACUGAUGAACAAACUCAGGUUGUCAUAGAUUCUGGUGCUCUUGCUGCUUUCCCUGGCCUGCUUACUCAUCACAAGAACAACAUCCAGAAAGAAGCGGCAUGGACCAUGUCUAAUAUCACAGCUGGCCGGCAGAACCAAAUCCAGAUGGUUGUGGACCAUGGGCUUGUCCCGUACCUCAUUAAUAUAUUGAAAAAGGGAGACUUCAAAUCACAGAAAGAAGCUGUAUGGGCUGUGACCAACUACACAAGUGGCGGAACAAUUGGCCAGAUCAUAUACCUUGUUCAGGCUGGCGUGUUAGAACCAUUGUUGAACCUUCUGGUGGUUAAAGAUGGCAAAACUGUACUGGUUAUUCUCGAUGCCAUUACUAACAUCUUUAUGGCAUCGGAGAAAAUCAACGAAACUGAAAAGCUUUGCAUCAUGAUUGAGGAGUGUGGCGGCCUCGACAAAAUCGAAGCUCUACAGUCCCAUGAAAAUGAAGACGUAUACAAAGUUGCUGCAAAUCUGAUUGAGAAGUAUUUCUCGUCGGAAGAUGAAGAAGAUGGGACCGUUGUACCGGAGUCUAGUUCUGAUGCCUAUACUUUCCAGAUUCAAGAUGGUGCUGACACUUUCAAUUUCUAGAUGGUCUACGACACAACAACCAACCUCCACUGUAUCUUUUCUUCCACUAGUCUUCUAUACUGCCUUUUUAAAUGUGAAGUAGCACUUUGUUACGACUGAAACUACUUGAACAGUUCACUGUAAGGAUUCGUCCCCUGUGAGCUGGCUGUCUUCCUUUACCAACUGUUUGUCCUUUAUAUAAAUGUCUAUUCUGUAGUUUUUUCUGAUUUGCAUGUCAACGAUGAAGGAUUUUCUUACGUUCUUCAUGUAACAUUUGGGAGACUGGAACAGCGUGCAAGCCUUGCGCUCCUAAUGGAGGAGGGCUGCCUGCUCAGCCCUUUACGUGGCUUGCAGAUUUGAAGCAGUCGUAGCAAAAUGAUCACUGCAAAGCUUAGACUGAAACCUUGGACUGCUUUGGAGAGGGCCCUGCAGCCUGUUUUUAAAAAGUAUUUGUCCAGAUUUGAAUAAAACGGCAUAUGACUCUA